AUGAAGGUGUUGUCUCUUGCCAUGGCAUUUGGCUUUGCCGCGCUCGCGGCAGCAGGAUUUGGGGAUCCCUGCGUAAGUGAUAACCCUUGGAUGAAGAGCGAUGACUUCAAGUACGCAGUACUGACUGGAAGGGACCUGGAUAGUGUGCUCGCUAAUUGGGAUGGACUUGAAAAGCAAAGCGAUAAAUUUGAGUACGUAGUGCUGACUAAGAUGGACGUGGAUAGAAUCUUUGAGUAUGCAGUGCUGACUGAGAUGGACUUGGAUAGGGUGAGGAUGGACGUGAAUAGCCUUGCUAACUGGGAUGGACUGCUAACUGAGAUGGACGUGGAUAGAGAGAUGGACGUGGAUAGCCCCGAUGACUCUGAGUAUGUAGUGCUGACUGAGAUGGUCGUGGGUAUGCUGACUGAGAUGGACGUGGAUAGGGUAAACCCGACGAACGUGGAUAGGGUCGCUGACUGGGAUGGACGUGAACAGACGAUUGUGAGUGAUGAGCCCAAACUGAAGAGCGAUGACUUUGAGUAUGCAGUACUAACCGAGAUGGAUAUCAAUAGGCUCGAUGAGUUUGAGUAUGCAGUGCUGACUGAGAUGGACGUGGAUAGGAGCGUCUUUGAGUAUGUAGUGCUGACUGAGAUGGACGUGGAUAGCGUGAGGAUGGACGUGAAUAGCCUUGCUAACUAG